GAACGUUGCAUGGGAGACACUUGUCAGUGCCAUAACAACUACGUAUCCAAAUCUGAUCGAUCGAUCUCAAACACACCCGGCCUUCUAUUAUAUAUAGUAAAUCCUAAUAAUAAGAUAAUUAAUAACUGAAUAAUUAUAGAGCUAGACCUCACCAGUCGCCGGCCAUUAAUGGAGAUGAAGCACCUUUCUUCCAUCGCCGCCGACGUCCUACGCCAAUGUGCCCAGACGCUAGGGAAAUCUGUGGAGGAAAUAGUGAUUGAAUUUGAGGUGGGAUGGGAUGCAUCUGAGAAGGGAUACUCAAAGAAGUUGCUGGAGUUUUCUUGCUCUAAGGCCUUGGCUAAGAUGUUCAGGCAAAGUACACAUGAUGCUAUUCUUGAUAGUUCGUCCUUUAGCCGCUUCACUUUUGAUAUGAUGCUUGCUUGGAAUAUGCCCAGCUCAGCAGACGAAGAAUCAUAUAAUGAGUGUAUGGGAAAAGAAAAGGAAGACAAACAAGUGGCUAUAAUAAACACCAAUGAUCAAGGACAAGAUGACAUCCCUUUGUUUUACUCGGAUAUUAUGCCACUCCUUGUUGAUCAUGAGCCAAGCGUUACUGAAGAUGCAUUUGUGUGGCUAGCUACACUUGUACCCGUGAUAGCAGAUGUUGUUAAUGCACGGUUUACUUUCGAGACUCUUACAGCUCCUUCUGGGUGUAAACUCCAUUAUCCUGCCUACAAUAUGUUCUUGAAACAGAUUGACAAAUGCAUAAGGCAUUUGCAGAAGCAAGCCAAACCAACUGGGGUAGAACUAGAGGAUAAUGAGUUUAUACUGCACGUUGAAGGAACUGCAACAACACAGAGAGUAGUCCGCCAUAUUGGUGGAACAAGUUGGCCUGGUAGGUUGACAUUAACAAACUACGCUCUCUACUUUGAGGCAUCUGGAGUCCUGUCUUAUGAAGAUGCUCUUAGAAUCGACCUUUCUAAGGAUAUUGACCAGAGCAUAGUCCCAGCCGCAACAGGUCCAUGGGGUGCUCCCCUUUUUGACAAAGCCAUUGUUUACCACUCAUCUGAACUGUAAGUUUCUUUCACCAAUGUACUGCAAUCUUAGGUUGAUGCAUUGCUCAAGUUUCCUGCUCCUCCCGCAAAAGGGCCUCUACGGAAGAGAGCAAAGUAGGAGAAGUUUAAUAGGAUUAGAACUUCAUUUAGCCAAGAGGCCGUUGAUUAAUAGUCCCAGCCGCAACAGGUCCAUGGGGUGCUCCCCUUUUUGACAAAGCCAUUGUUUACCACUCAUCUGAACUGCAAGAAAGUGUUGUCCUAGAGUUUCCAGAAAUGACAAGCUCCACGAGACGUGAUCACUGGCUCGCACUCGUCAAGGAGAUAAUGCUGUUUCAUAAGUUCUUACUAAAUUACGAGGUCAGGUCGUUGGUGGAAUCAUGGGAAAUGCAUGCCAGGACAAUACUUGGAAUAAUAAGACUUCAUGCUGUUAGAGAAAUGCUUAGGAUUUGCCCCCCUGUUCCCAAAAACUUCUUAAUCUUUACCUUGCUUGAUGAGUUGCCUAGAGGAGAUUAUGUGCUGGAAGAGCUUGCCCGGAGUUUGAAGAAGGCCAACAUUGACCAUCCAUGUAGUGCAAGCUCAAUCUUGAAGUGUGUUAAUGUCUCCCAACUGUCAACAUCCCUUCCAGAGAGAGGGGUGAAGGAAGUGGAUGUUAAAGGAAACGAUCCCUUGGCUCAAGCCGAAGAUGUGUCAUCACUCGAGAGUGCCAUCGACCAGGCAAGAGAGGAAGAAAAAGAAAUAAUUGUUGCUAAAGCUACAGUUGAGGAAGUGAGAGAAGAAGGAAUUGCCAACAAUGUUCAGGCUUUUUUGUGUUUGGUUAAACCAUUUGGAGCCUUGAUAUCUCGUUUCCAAGAUAUUUUUACAUGGGAAAGGCCACUAACCUCUUCCAUUGUUCUUGUGAUAACCCUUCUAGUUAUUUACAAGGAAUGGGUUGGCAAGGCAAUUGCAGCAUUUCUACUGUGUGUGGUUGCUACAAUUCUGAGGGCCAGACAGCUUGGGCUAGCUAAUAAACACAACAAGAUUCUUGUUUACAUUGGAUCCGAUAAAUCUGCGGUGGAGAACAUAGUGUCAGCACAACAGGGUUUAAGAACUGCAGGUGACAUUAUUCAACAAAUGAAUGUCACUUUGCUCAAAGUUUGGUCACUGUUUGCUUCUAAAGCACCAAAGCAAUCAAACACGGUGGUGGCAGUUAUGAUUGGGGUUGCGGUAGUGCUAGCAGUGGUACCAUUCAAGUAUAUCCUAAUGGGACUUGUACUGUCUGGCUUCAUAUCAUCCUCAAAGAUGAUGGCAAAAGGAAAGCAAAAGGACGGGGGAAGCAGGCGGCUCAAGGAGUGGUGGGAUUCCAUACCGGUUGCACCUGUCGAGGUCAUCGAUGAGAAGGCGGCUGAUGAUAGCGUAGUGGUGCUUUGAUGACAAUGGGUCGUUACUUUGUUCAUAAGCAUACUUGAUACUAGUUGUAUAGUGUUCUUUAUCUAAUAUUGAAAACAAUGGUCGUUUUAGACUUUUAGAGUUAAGCUCCUUUGCACGUUGAUCAAGGAAAGGAGCACUGUAAUCUAACUCAAACAAGGCAAGGUAAAGAUAAACUAAUAGCAGUGGUAUUACUUGGAACCUCAUGAGCUAUGAGUACGCCUGUUGCAUACUUGCAUUUGAACUUGAAGGUGAACAACUCGCGGAAAUGACUAGUUCUAGUUUCGAUUUUUAGG